AACAAGUGUCAUGUCGAUCGGACGAGAUGGUGCAAGACCACGUAACUCUUUAUCGGCGUGGUUUUGACUUGUUUUGCUGUGUCGGUAGUCAAUAUCUUGUGAGAAAUGGAUACUGGAUCUUUGCUUCCAGAAAUAUGGGAAACAUACGCCCAACUUGCUCGUCGGCGGUCGGAGAAACAUGCAACACAGAAGCGUCACGUGAUCUUGGACAAGUUCCUGAAGCUGCACCUGAUGGUCACUGCCGGACCUCAGGGAACCCCCAGGUUCAGCAACAUGAAGAACAUUAGCAACCAGCUGAGUCAGGAGCUGAUGAAUGACAUCCUACUGGUGUCCAACAGCGCCCAGGAUGAGAGCGACUCCUCGCAGCUGCAGCAGUACCUUCUGGAGGGCCGAGGAUGGAAGCUCCUCCAUGUCAUACACAGUGUCGGGGUCAAGACGUUAUCCAACAGUCGAGACCUGUGCAACCUGCUUCUGUCCCUGCUGCCAUGGACCAUCCAGUUCCAGCCCUCAGAGCCUCCCACAGAUUCCAUCAUCUUCAAAGGGAGGGAAGAGACAUGGAUGCCUGUUCAGCAAUGUUUCGUGUACACUCAGAAACUCUCAAAGUUGAAAAACUUUGGUUGUCAGAGAGAAACAGUCAUGCACCCAAACCAUCCCAGUCACCAUGGAACAGAGGCUCAUCACCACAGAAAACGAAGGUUUACAAAAGUGUCUAGUUCAGUUACACAGCAGAACAAUUCUGAGAGUGAGGAAGAAGAGGUGCAAGAAGACAAGAUCAAACAUUCUCGGAUAAGAAGGCCAGCAAGAGUGCUGCUGUUCAAGUCUACAGGAAUUCAGGAAGAUGAAGAUUCCGGUUCCGAUCAGGAUUUACUGGGAGCAUUCCCGGACUUUCAAGCUGUGCAGGAAUCUGUCAGUUCUGCAGAACUCACCCUCAUCAUCUUUGACCUUUUACUUGACCUUUGUAUCCUUGACCUUUCCCAUGUGGCCCCUGGCAAGGUAAUGUCACCCACAAUGCUGCCACAUCUUCUUCAUAUAUUUUCCCGUCUGUGUGAGACAGAGCCAUCUGAAAAUGCCUCUAAAUUAAACUGGAAGAACAAAACAAAGUUGACACUUCAGAGACACCUGAUCCGUCUGAUUUUGACAGCCAGUGGAAUCAUUGCCACCCAACAGAGUGGUGUCAAAAUCUUAAUGGGACACAAUACAGUCAGCAGCAUCAUGGCAGCCAUUGCCUGCUUAGUGGACCCUAAUCCUGAUUCUGGGGACAUUGUAGAAACAGACCAUUUUGACCUUGUGAUGGAUGUCAUAUGUGGACUGAUCCUUCUCUUUGAAACAGUAUUCAUGAGUCUUCCAUUUAAUCCAUCAUUCAUAAACUGUGCCUUAGGGAUCCUGGAUUGCUUCAAAACAAAUAAUGGUUUCCUGUACAUAAAACAAUUGGUAUGUUCAUCUAAGUUGACAAAAACAGACUUAAGUAGUGGUCAAGGUGAUCUUCAGGAAGAUCCCUUGAAGAAUAUUGCUUCUCUCAUCAGUACACUGAAGCUGGUGAAGGUGAACUAUAUCCAUGCAGUGAAAUGUUUGAAGAGACGUCACAGGAAUUGUGAGUACCACAUGUACCUGAGCCAUCACCACAACAUCCUGGGCUACCCAUCGGGGCUGGAGUUGGAGCAGGUGGAGGCAGCUGGUGAUGGCAGACACAGGUCCUGGUCCUCCAACCCUAGCAAGUGCCAGGUCGCCAUCUUGACGGAACUUCUCCUAGAAAUGCUGGCAGAAACAAAGUCCACAAAGCUGCAGGUACAAAUCCUUUCCACCCUUAGACAUCCCGGGAUCUGCUGCUGUAUGCAUCCCAAGACCAUCAUUGAAGCUGUGACUCCUCUGCUUCCCAGCUUCACGCCAGCCAUCAGAAGCUGCAGCCUGGAGUCCCUCAAUGACAUCCUUCUGGACCAGUUCAUGGGUUCAGAAGAACUCACAGACAAACAACUACCAGAGAUAAAUGUGUGUAAGUUGUGUACAUUUGAAGAUAAGUUUUCCAUAUCUUCUUCAGCAAGUACUCCAGAUGGUAUGGGAGACCUGUCCAGAAUAAUUGAUAGUGGAUUUUCUAGCAGUGGUAGACUUGAAGCAAAGAAACAGUGGUCGUUACAGAGGUGGCGUCCUCUUCAGGUGUUCAGACAGUUUAUUGUGUCACCUGAUGAAAGUCUAGCCUUGAUAACUGCCAAGCAUCUGAUUGUGUUAGCCAUCAGAGGAAACAGUGACCUGAAGCAAGAGUUGUUCUUUAAGGUGUAUCAGCAUGUUGUGCAUUCUGCCCUGGAGGACUCCACCGAGAUCACAGACACUUCUUCCGAUGAACAGCUCAUUUCCUUGGGGAAGGUUCCAAGUUCUAUCAUGCUGUACUGUGUGUCAGCCUUGCCUUAUGUGUUGCAAGUAGACAAAGUUAUGAAUGUGUUUGUGGAGAAAGAGGGACUCUCCAGACUCAAUAAUCUUUUAGAGGACAGUCAUUUGAGAGCCCCAGUUAUGGGAGUCUUUGAGGCAUUGAUAAUGAUCGAUGAACAGAAAGUGAGAGAGAUGAAAACAAAGAAUGCUGAAGAAGUAACAUUACUGACUUCUGAGUACAUCCGUGGAACUGUAAUGCAGAUAUUCAUUGACAUCCUGGCAAAGAAGACAUGUGCAAUAACUGCAGCAUUUCAACAACUGCAUCUGGAGAAGCAAGGCAGCAGUGGAAGUGGUACCGAUCACCAGGAUAGUGGUUCGGACGAAGACUCUACUUCUACCCUGUUGCCUGCCCGCCACCAUGAUAUUGUCAAAGACUUGCCCUUGCUACAGGACAUGUGGCAGACCUGUGCCAAGCUGUGUAUGAAUAGUCCUACAUUCAGAUCCUUCUAUAGGAACUCUCCGUGUCUGUACAUUGUCCAGGAUACGCUGCUGCUGACUCUGGAGCUUCUGUCAGACAUGGGGGUCCAGCUGUGCCAGUCACGGAGGGAAUCUGUGACAGAGACCAGCUCUGUGAGGUCCUUCUCCUGCCAUCUGAAGAAGCUCACCUUCAUCGAGGCUGUGAUGAUUGUCUGCUUCUCAUGUCACACAGUCUCUCCAACACAAAAGAAGGGUGGCGAGGAGGCCCACUGGAAGCAGCUGCGUGACUCCCUGCAGCAGUGUGUGAAGCUGGACCCCACCAAGCUCAAGGCCGUGUUCGACAUGCUCCUCAACACUGCCCUGCCCCAGCUGCCAUCCAUCCUGGAGUACUCCUACGACCAAAUCAUUGCAAUGCUGAAUCUGAAGGACAAGGAGAUGGUGGAUGAGGAUGAAUACCGAGAGCUGCUUCACUUCGGCGGGAGUGAGGAGGAGGAGGCUGUAUGGACUGAGCAUGGCUAUGAGGCAGACACAGAAACAACUAUGCACAAUGACUGGAAGAAAAGUCUCCAGACAAGCUACGACAACCGUCUGAAGCAUGCAGACACCAUCUGCUUCCCGUCUGUGUUCCGACUGUUUGUGGAGCUGGCAAUCACAACUUACAACACCGCAGCUGUCAGCAAGGUGGUGAUGUCAGUGUUGUUACGGCUGCUGCAGACGCUAAGGAGUAGUCCCCCUGCUGUACAAGGGGUGUGUUCAGAGGGUAUCUUGGAGGUUCUGCUGGAUGGUUUCAAGGACGUCCUUACCAAGUCCACUGUUGACCAGCAAGAGCUGGCUCUUCGAGAGAUUCUGCUGUCUCUGAUCCAGCUUGUGGCACAGACGGAAAUAGCAGCCAAUGAACUGCGACUGUACAUUCGUCUGUUCCUUGUCGAGGGGUACCCUGUGGACUCGAUCUUGUCAACCCUGAUGAGUGUCGUGGAGAACUCCCAGGUGGAGCCGUGCUACACCAUCACCUUCCCCACGUCCCGGACAAACCCACCAGCUGCUCCAGACACAGAAUCCUCCGAAGACCCCUGUCCUCAGUAUGUGUGGUGCAAAACAGCCAUGCAGUGUGACAUCAAGGACUCGAUUACAUGGCCGCCGGUCAGCAAUGGCUUCAGUGUGUCAUGGUGGAUGAAAGUAGCAGACGUCACGGACGACCCUCUCAUGCACCUCCCAAAGCUGAGGAAGGAUCAUUCAUCAUCACUUGUCUUCAAUUCCAUCAAUUUCAAUGGCGAGUGCAAGUCCGAGGGCUCCCAGAAGAACCUGUCUCAAUACCCUGUCUGCGAGUGUCUGCAUGUACUUUCUGUCGGCAAUGUUGAGAAGAUGUUUGAAGUGUGGAUUGAUGUCAGGACGAGAUCAUUUGUAUUUAGAAUAACAAGUGGCUCAUUGGAGACUGAGGUAAUGAAGGAGUCGAGUUCUGACAGAGUUAUUCCCCCUGGCAUGUGGCAUCACUUGGUUGUUUCCUAUGAAGAGAAGCUGAAUGGAAGUACCCUUGUUGGGAAGACCCUGCUUGUCAUAGAUGGCUGCAUGUCAAGGGAGAUAAUUCUGGAUUACCCGGCCAACUUCUCACGCAAGCCGACGUCAUCUGUGCCAAUGCUGCUGGUGGGUCACGUGAAAGAGGAGCCUACGGACAUGGGGCACUGGCACCUGGGAAACAUGAUGGUCUUCAAGACAGCCAGCCUCAGUCGGGAGUGGUGGUUCCACCAUUACAGUCUCGGGCCAAAUCUGACCUCGGUCAGCAAGUGUGACUGCUCAGACAUGAACUCCAUUUAUGUGCCGUACCUCUCCAAGGACGUCCUGUGUCAGGCGGAUCUCUCGCUCGAUGUCCUGGUUGGAGCCACAACGUUGUCGGACAUGGAGAAGGCGAGGACAUCCACUGUCCUGACUUACUCAGCUGAAACACCAUCUUGCCUGAGCCAGUACUGCUUCAACAGCCUACAUGAGAUGCUAACGAACCUCGGACUCGUGCACCCAACGGCUUCCCAGGAUCCCCUGCUCUUCCAGAGCCCGACAAUGCUGAAGUGGACAGAACUGGGCCGCCUCCAGAACCGAUCCCACCAGACACUGGAGAAAGCUGUGGAGCAGGUCGGGGGAGUCUACACAUUCGUCUUCAUGGUGGCAAAGAUCUACGAGGGUUGUAGCGAAGAGAGUGACCCUGCGGAAUGCCGCCGGGUGGAGAGGCUGCAGAGUAAGAUCCUCCGACUCCUGUUCAGCCUCAUCCACCAUCUGCCCCAUCUGGCACUCGAGUUCCACAACAUCCAGGGCUAUGCCAUGUUGCGGAAAGUUCUUGUCACUUCCAGGAGCAUUGUGGGAUAUGAAGUCCUCAAGGCACUACUGGAUUCCUGUACCUCGGAAUCGCUGUUCCGACGACAUGCGUCUGCAUGCGUGCCCAUACUGCGUCAGGGCACUGAGGCCGUGGUGCGUGACAUCUCUAUCCUUCAGCAACUGCUGUUGUCCUGGCGCAUCUGGGAGAAGGCAGAGGAAGGAGUGAUGGAGCUACUUUUCCAGUCUUUGCAGACUCUGAUACGUCCAGACCAUCAGCACCGGGACGUCAACAUUAAGCAGUUCCGCGCUUGGGGAAUUAUGAACAAGAUUUUCUAUAUUUAUCUGGAACGUAUCCAAGAAGGCCUGCCAUCUAUGACUCCAGUUGUUGGGCAAGCUGUGUCGGCCAUUGUAGAGGGCAUGCUGGGAUUUCCUCCUGAUCCAGUAAUGCUUGUGGCGGUCACUGACUUCCUGUUGCUGGUCCACCCUGCGGCCAGCACGUUUAUCGUUCAUGCUACGUCCAGUCACUUCCUGCGCUGCUGGUGGGCAAAUACAUCUGCCAAGUCGACACCAACUACAAAAGUCACUGUGCGUAGCCGAUCUGUGAAGAAGUCUGUCUCGGGAUCAGAGGAUCAGAGUGACGAUCCAAGGUCAAGGACAGAUGGGGGAAGCAGCAAUACAGAAUCAGCAGGUGAUCAAGAGGGUUCAGCAGUCAGAGAGUCUGAUUCUCCUUCUCUUGGAAAGGAGGACCUCUCGUCUCUCCCCUCACCAGACCUCAGCACAUCAGAGUCUACUGACUUUCCCCCAAUACAUCCUAGCCCAACCAUCAUGGCCACGCCAGGCUUCUCACACUCCCAGAGUGGGGAUGAGAUUCUCCAGGGGCAGGUACGAGUCCGGACCCACACUCUGAAGGAAGCCUCCAUCACUGACACAGAGUCCACAAGCUCAGAGAGUAGAGCAGGAAACGGGUAUGAUGGGAGUGCGGAAUCGGAACGGCAUUUGGAGAUAAGUGCUAAAGAUCAGAAGAUUGUGAUUAGAGAAUCUGAGGGGUCGAUCGUCAGUGAGGAGAGCCAGCAGACGUCGUCGCUGUUGUCAGCUGUGGAGGGAGAGAAGGAUGAGGAUAUGGAGGACGGUCACAUGGAGUUUGAUGAAGACGAGAAGGACAUGGGAGAACGGGACGUGGGACUGGUCACCCUCUGUGCUAAUCUGCUCAACUACCUGAGUGACUUGGUGGCCAGACUGCCAGACAGCAAUGCAGACAGGAUGUACAACAAGGUGCUCAAUGCCGGCAGCCUCAUUGUCCUGGCCCAGAACAGCUCUCCACAGAUCAGAGAAGCAGUCAUUAGGCUGAUUGGGAUGUAUACUGCGAUGGCACCUCCACAACAUCUGGAGAACUUCGUCAAAAUGGAUGGCUUCUCCCUGUUGGCCAAUCAGAUCCACCAAUACCCGGCCCGGAAGGAACACAUUGAAGCAGCUGUCUCCAUCAUGUUGGAACGGUCAUUUACGUUUGAAGACGAGUUAGAUGGGGAGAUUGUGGAGUUUUCCAGCCUGCAGCAGUCAUCUGUGGUGCUGCUGUUGUGCCUGAUUGAGCAGACGGCACAUGACCUGCCGCUGUGCCACAACACUCUAAGUCUCCUUGAUCAGCUCUUGGUCCACUGCCCAAUGCUGUCCUCCAUUCUCCUGGAGCAGGGCUUGAUGGAGGUGCUCACCAACCUCAUCACCAUGAUCAACAGACAGACCAACAGGCCGACAGAUGUAGUUGAUUCAGAGAGUAACCUUCUGCUGCUGGAUGUACGAAGAGUCCUGUGUACCCUGGCUGUCAGGGAGUUCAGUUGGAGUGGGGUGACACACUACCAGCAGGUAGAGGACAUGUUCAACCUUCUGAAGGCUUUGGAGGACAAGGAACAGGCAUCAGAAGACAGUCAGCGGCGCUGUCAGAACCUGCGGGACCUCCAGUAUGUCAUGGUCAUCUUCAUCAUCGAGUAUGUGGAGAGACGCAGCGAGGACAUCAGCCAGCAGCCUCUCAACUGGUUCACCAUGUCAGGGGGAAGCACCUCCAGCGCUGGCAGCUAUGGCAGCUACAGCGACCCCUCCAGUGCCUACCUCUAUUCACUCCUCCCCGCCUCCGACUCCUCCCUCUCCAGCAGCAUCCAAUCACAGCUAGCCAAGGGGAGACAACCCACAAGGAAACAAACAUCAUCAUCGAAGAGCUCUGAUCAAUUUACAGAUCAGCCAUUUGACGACACAGCGCCUUCAUCUAAAACGGGUCUGCCAGGCUCAACUGAUACCGAUUUUCUGGAUUCCUACCAACUUGUUCGGACAAGCAAGUUACGUGAUAUUGCACAGAAGAAAGCAGCCAAUCAGUCCCGCAUUGCACAGUUUUUUGGCAAGAGGAAAAAGCUGAUGUUUGUUGCUGUGAAUCAGUCCGAACUCUUAGAACGAUUCAAGAAGUUGUUGGUGUUUGCUGUGGACCUCAUUGUUAACAUAGAGAUGUUCUUCAGCAAAACCACAGUCUGGAAGUUCACCAAACUUUUCAACAUCACCUACCGUGGUCUGGAGUUUACUCUGGAUAAAGGUGGGACCAACCGCAAGUCACGUAAUGUAAUCAUGUGGGGAGCCAAAGAUGUCAUCAGACAGCAGUUUGGCCGUCUGCUCCUGUGCAUGCUGUCUACCAAGAUGGACUUCAACAUGCGUCUGUAUGGUCUGUCCUUCAUCAUGGGAGAGACAAAGGGGCGGGACGUCAUCAAGAUGCUCAUCUCAACACCGCAGCUGGGCCAGGAGCUGAGUUACUACCUGUACAACCUGCUGACAACCUGGAGAGACUGGUUGGUCGGGACCCAGAGAGAGCAGGGCUGCAUCCUCCUCAACCUCCUGCGGCAGAGUGGCUUUGUCGUCUACAUGACUGACAGGAUGCUCACCCCCCAGCAACAGGCUGUGCUAGAUGAGGAGAAAAGGUCUAUUGACCUACGGCUCACCAAUGCGCAACAGUUGUGGUCCCAAAAGAAGCAGGUGGCAGCAGAAAGAGUCUUGCAGCACUAUGAGAAGCACAUGAAGCUGGUGUCUGACCAGGCCAUGACGGUCACCCAGACGGUGACUCAGCUACAGAACAACCAGAGGAAGGUCCUGGUGGACCACAUCAAGAAGUCCAUGACAGAACAGAUCCAGCUGAAGAAAGCUUGGCAGGAGCUCGUCCAGACACUCACACAUGAGAGAGCGGUUUGGUUCCACCCAACCUCCUAUCCCCAGUCAUGGCAGCUGGACCCCACCGAGGGACCAGGCAGGAUUAGGAAGAGGCUCCAGCGGUGUCAUCUUGCCAUUAACAAGAAAUACCUGGCUGAAGGCUACAAGCAGAAGCUGGAUGUGGAGAGUGUUGACCCGCCACUCAUCUACCUGUUUGAGGACGAUGACAAAAUGUCUGACUCAGCUGCACUGCUUUAUCGACUUCACACCAAUGAGAAGAUACAACACACCUGCCUGUGCACUGCCAUAUCUCCAGCCAGCGAGAACAAGGGAGAGCUGCUCGUUGGGGAGAUGUCCAUCUUCUUUGUGGCGGAUGAGGCUAUCACAGAUGCCAACUACACACAGGUGUUGCUAGGUAACCAAGAGCAACUUUCUAUGACAUGGCCUCACGCAGACAUCAAGGAGCUGCACAAGCGGUGGUUUCAGCUUAAUGAUGUGGGUCUCGAGAUCUUCCUUACAAAUGGCCGGACAUUCCUGUUGGCUUUCAAAACUACCAAGAUCCGGGAUGAGUUGUACCAGCACCUCCUCCAGUCCGUCGAGCUGCCCAACCUCCUGCCCCCCUCGGAGAACCUGGCCGCAGUGCAGCGUCUGUGGCUGGACGGAAUCCUCACCAACUCCGACUACCUCACCUACCUCAACAAGAUAUCUGGCCGCUCCUUCAACGACCUCAUGCAGUACCCGAUCUUCCCGUUCAUCCUCAAGGACUAUGAGAGUGAUGAGCUCAAUCUGGAUGAUAAUGAAGUCUACAGGGAUCUGGCCAAACCAAUUGCUGUGCAAGUCAAGGGAAGAGAACUCAAAUACAAAGAGAACUAUGAGUUCCUACGUCAAGAAUUUGAGAAGCCAUCAAGCUCAAACGACUACAUCCGCAUACGACCAUACCACUACGGCAGCCACUACUCCAACAGCGGCACUGUGCUCCACUACCUUGUCAGAUUACCUCCCUUUACAAAGAUGUUCCUUUCAUAUCAAGACAGGAACUUUGAUAUCCCGGACCGAACAUUCCAUAGUAUAGCAACAUCAUGGCGACUGUCCAGCUUUGAGUCAACAUCGGACGUGAAGGAACUGAUCCCAGAGUUCUACUUCCUCCCAGAAUUCCUCAAGAAUGGAGAAGGUUACAAUUUCGGUUACAAUUUCGGCAAGAGCCAGAAUGGGAACGUGGUGUGGGAUGUGACCUUGCCACCCUGGGCACGAGGUGAUUCACGCCUGUUUGUGAUGGUGCUCCGCCAAGCCCUGGAGUCACCACACGUCACCCGCCACAUCCAUCAGUGGAUCGACCUGGUGUUCGGCUACAAGCAGAUGGGAGAGGAGUCUAUCAAAGCCAUCAAUGUCUUCCACCCAUCAACUUACUUCGGAGUGGACCUGAGCGAUAUCACUGAUCCUCUGAAACGCCAGGCAGUGCUCACAAUGAUCAAGACGUACGGCCAGACCCCCAAACAGCUGUUCCGCACCCCACACCGCCAGGGUAUGGUGACAGGGACCCCGCCUGCCACGCCCCUGUUGUCUGACCCUCACCUUGCUGGUCGGGAGCGCCGUCCAAUCUCCAACAUCAACGGUCUGCGGUGGGGCAACUUUGUGGGUUCCCCUGAGGGUGGUACGCCAGUGACGGUGUGGAGGAAGGUGUACCCGGUCGUCAUCACCACCCUGGUCCCUCUACCCACAGGCUAUGUGUUUGGGCUGGAGGCCAACUCCUGCGCCCUGGUUCUCCAUGCUAAAGACAGGGCUGACCUUGUGGUGAACUCCACGGACGUCAUGUGGGCGGCCAUCGUCAGCUGGGGCCACACAGACCGGAUCCUGCGGGUCAGGAACCAGUUCAACCGACCCAUGGUCAACUUCCUCCCAGAAAACCCCCUAUGACGAGGUGGGUGCUCCGGGGUUAUAUCUUGCUGUGCGUCUGUGCCGGACUGUCGUCUGCUGUUCACCGCUGGGUCUGCUGGUAUUGUCAAUGUGUACCAUGUGACCUACAACCGGGCCAAGGCCAGCAAUCUCCAGGUGUUUAAUACACGGACAGCACUGUAUGGCCACUCCGGUCCGAUCAAUGUGUUGUGUGUGUGUAAGUCCUACAGUGUGCUUGUCAGUGGGAGUGAAGACGGAACCUGCAUCAUCUGGGAUCUCAACAGACUGUCGUAUGUGCGGUCAAUCAGCAGCCACAAUGCCAGUGUGAAGACUCUGGCUGUCAGCGACACCAUGGGCGACAUCGCUAGCGUCAGCCCUCGGGCUCUGGGUAGUUUCCUUCAGCUCCACACAAUAAACGGUCAGUUUGUGGCUUCAAGAAAGUGUGAUGAGUUCACCAUCAACUGCCUGGCUUUCUCCCGUGCCCCAGAGGGUCGGGCCAUCAACGUCAUCGCUGGCGGACUCAGCACAGGCGUGGUCAGGUUGUGGAGCAGCUGGGACCUCACCGUCCUGCGAGAUCUCAGCCAUGAGCAUUCCAUAGCAAGGCCAGUUGUCAGUGUCAUAUUUACCCAUGAUUCCCAGCGCCUGUUUGCUUCUGCCCUGGAUGGGAGUGUUACACUCUGGGAGAAGCCGUCGCAGUCCAGACCUAAACCAGAGAACUUCAUAGCAUUUGUGGAAAAAGCAACGUGAAGGAAUGUGUCGGACUCAAAGAGAAUCGCUUGACUAGUGGAUAUGUCUGCAGGGAGCUUGUAGAGGAUCCUGUGAAGGACAAACAUUACUGAAUCGUCAAUGGAACAGUGCUGUUCAGUAGUACAGGGCUCCUCCCAUAUCGGUGGAAUAGUACUGUUCAGUACAACAGAGUUACUGACCCAUGAAUGGAAUAGUACUGUUCAGUACAACAGAGUUACUGACCCAUGAAUGGAAUAGUACUGUUCAGUACAAACAGAGUUACUGACCAAUGAAUGGAAUAGUACGGUUCAGUACAGUACGGCAGAGCUACAGACCCAUGAAUGGAAUAGUACUGUUCAGUACAAUAGGGCUACAGAGCUAUGAAUGGAAUAGUACUGUUCAGUACGGCAGGGCUUACAGACCCAUGAAUGGUAUAAUUCAGUUCAGUACGGCAGGGCUACAGAUCCUAAAGUGCAGGUCAAGAGUGGAAUGUGGAGACUCACAUUUACAGGUGACAUGAAUUUGACACGAAGUCAUAACUAUGUGAAUAUUUGAUAGGAUUCUGAAAGCCAUACAGUUCCUCUAUAACCAGGACCCUGUCACUCACCGGGAUAGUGUGAUGUGCUUUACACCAUGUGGUAACCAACAUGUCAAUACUGUGUCACGGUGUCAAGUACGUCCACAGCCAACUCACGGUGUCGGUUCAUGGCCUGUGUUGGUGAUGCUGAAUGCACAGAUGGACAGUGAGGUGAUGUAUCGGGGCAGAGGCUGACCAGUCAGAAGGAAAUACUGUGCUCAUCUGCCAGAACGUAUGCAACACUAAAGUCAAAGUUGUCUUCGUCAUGUAUUGAAUUAAUAAUGCAAUACAGUCAUUAUGGGAGACACUUUACAGUGUAAUACAAUAUUGGCCAUAACAGCUCCACCUGAUUAACGCUGGACUAGUCUGUUAGUUAUCUUCGUUAAUCGCCCAGUACAGAGCCUGAAAGUUGACAUGACAAUCAAUAUAUUCUUGUAUAUACUUCAGUAUACAGCCUGUUGACAGUAAAUAAAAAAGGACGGGGUAUGUAAGUGCAUAGUAACUGUUAUCAGGAAACUUUUCAGUUUCACAGACGCCUGAAAUAAUUGUGUUCCCUGCUGCUCUCUGACAACAAGUGUAUGGUUUUAAUAGAUAGCCCAUUUUUUAAAUGUUGGGCUCUUGUCGCCUAUUUUAGUCAGUAUCUUAGGCUGGUUGGCACAAUGCCAUCAUUUCAAGAGUGAAAAUUUUUCAAAACCUGGAUGAUGAUGAUGAUAAAGAUGAUUAUGGUGAUGAUGAUGAUCCAUGUUGCACCUAUGUAUGUAAUAAAGAUACAUAAUACGUUAAAUGCAUACAUUCCAGUGCCCUUGUUGUAAGGCUGCCCUUAUUUUUACCAGUUUCCCAUCAGCAGCCUGCCCUAAAUUGUCAUUCCAACUUAAAAUAAUGGAAAGUUUUCUUUUCUCAAUAAUCACAGCCGCAGUGAAAGUUCUGCCGACUCGACAUUAAAACACCUUUACUCUUGCACACUCACAAAGAAAACCAGGUCAUCUUGAUCUUUCUUUAAAUUAUGUGUGAAUGUUUUUAAUAAAAAUAUCGUCUCCGAAGCAAAGAUACUCGAUCUGGUUCAAAAAUAAACUUAUACUUAUUAUAGCCUAUACAAGUGAUCUGGAUUUAAAAAUUGCUUAAAAUGAGUAACACAAUAAUUGUUAUAUUGUUUGGGCCCGUCCACCCAGUUGCAGAUUGAGGUUGGGAACGAGAAACACAGAAAUGGAAAAAUAUGGAUGGCCAAAUAAACGAUUUACCGCUUAUACUUAAAUACGAUAUUAUUUCAAUGCUGUUGUUUUACCUGUGAAAAUAUAUUGUGUGUUAUCGCUGAAAAAAAAUUAUCAGAAUAUAUUUCUAUAUUGACCUUUAUCAAUGUUAAUCUAUCACUACAUUGUACAUAAGAUAUAUCUGCCUGUUGCCUUGACUACACCAAAGCUUGUUACCAAAGACUUUUAUAUCUAGGAUUGUAAGAUACAUGUUAUAUGGGGGAAUCCAAAUGUUGUUGCUUGUGCUGAUGCAAAGUUUCAGAGUAUGAAGCAGAGUUGUGAUAUCCCGGACAUUUCUUUCUACCAAACUGUUCAACCUAUGAAGGAUUUGUUAUGAUGGAGCCAUUAUUGAAACCAAGUGUUUGUAUACUACUCAACUGUUGAUAAGGAUGUGUUUUGUCUUUUCCAUGAUACACCAAAAUCAUUCUCAUGAUAUAUUACUGUACAUUUAAAUCAAAUGACACAUCUGAUAAUCCCUAUGAAAAGUUGAGUGGUAUAUAUUUGGUUUAUUCAGGUACUCUAGGAUGAAGUAGAAACCAAAGGUCUGCCUGAAUUUGAGUCUAGAGAUGCCUGUUUCCAGGGUAACAAGGGUGUGGCAUUAAAUCAGUUCAUGUGUCUCUUUUAUAAUCUUGUAAACAGAUGAAUAUUGUAGAAAUACUUUGUGACAUUGAAAACCCGAUAAUGCUAGUCUUCUGCCUCCUUUAGUGUCGUGUGAAUUGCUCUGUUGUGUGAAGAUCAGGCUCACAGUUAUCCCAGGUGAAUUAGCGGGAAUCUUGGGAAAGUCAUGAAUCCUUGUAGCUUGUGUGAUAUUUCCAAACCAGUGUGAAACUAUCAUGUAUAACAUUCCGGAACAACUGUAGUGUUCCAGUGUCAGUACUUACUUUAUUAAUCAAUAUAAUGUGAUUUGUUUUCAUCUGUUGUGCUGUCUUGUAUCAUAUGUACCAUGCAUUUUCUUGUAUCAUACUUCCUUUAUGUAUCAUGUAUCAUGUAACUGUAUCUUCCCCACCCCGUUUAGUGCUAAUAGUAAGUUGAGGUUUAUGGACACAUCGGCAGUAUUUCAGCCAUAUAGUGACCUUUAGUGCUAAUAAGUGUAUAGUGUCUUCAACUGCAGGGUAGUAUGUCAAAUCUGUGAAUGAAUUCAAUUUUAGAUAUUAAAUCAAAGAUAUUACCACCAAUUUGUAUAUACUGUAUAGCAAAGUCAUUUAUUGGUUUGGUUCAUAGAUAGUUUUAUUAUAUAUAAUGUAUGUGUUAUAUAUUAUGUAUAUAUCAUUGUUUUAUUUGUAUAGUACAUUUGUACAGUGAACACUGACGGACCGGAAGAACAGGCGUAUAUUUCAUAGACAGUGUAAGUUUUAGCUUCAAUGAUAUUAUCAGACCUCUUGCCAUGACCUCACUUUGAGCAUCAUCGCAUUUCGUAUGUAGAACUCAUCCAAUAGGAACAGUGUCUCAGUUUGUGUCCAAAACGUGGUGUGGAUAUCUGCCAUAAUCAGUUCCAAUCACUAGCUAACAGGAAUAAAAUAUUUACUAAAACCUAAGCAAGAUAUCAUUAAUAUAUUUGGGAUAUGUUUUGUAAAAAAGACUGAGCACAAAAGUUCCUAAAUAAAUCCUCCUAAUAGUCAUGAUGCAUAUGUUAUUUUGUUCAGUAUACAUCCAGUGUUAAGUCAUGCUGGAAUGGUUGUGAUGGUGGUGAAGUGAAUGCCCUUGUCUCUGUGUGGACCACAAAGUUACUCAUGGUCACUGCCAAUAAUAUACUGUGUUGUGUUGUAUAUGUAAGUUUACAAGAGUUCCAAUCAGCAGAAUACAGGAGAGGAAUUCACUUUGUUUCGAACAAUGCAUUCAGAAUGUGACAUCCAUGUAACCACUUGUCUUUGUAGUAUCCUACCCUGAAGCCCAUUUCUGGUGUCCCCCGCCAUGAUAUUGCUGGAAUAUUGCUAAAAGCAGCGUAAAACUAAAUUCAGUCAGUCAGUCAGUAUCCUACCCUUUCAGCAUCCUUGACUUUGUGAGGAUCAAGAUAUGGAAUAAUAAAGAGACAGGAAAUUUAACAUUUUGCUUAUCAAAGAGAUUGAAGACAAAUCGUUCAUGUUGUACUUUGUCACUUUCACUUUUCCAUAAUGUAUCUAAUUUUUCAUGUCAACAUGUAUUUAGGGAUUUUAUUGUAUAUAGAACAAGAAACUAAUGUUUACUUUAGUUGUUUAGACUCUCAGCGAAUAGUUUUGAUUUUUAUGGAAUAUCCAUUCUUUUAUUGUGUUUUGAUUUUAGACAGUGUUAAAGUCAAGUCGGGCAUACUGAACAGACGAGUGAAUCAUCAUCAACUAUUUAUAUAUGCUGUAAACAUUUUGUAGAAAAAGAUAUUCCAAAAAUAUGAAUGAUUCCUAGGUGUUUUAUAAGUGAAUUAUGUGUAUGCUGUGGCUGUGUGAGGUAGUGAGUGAGUGAGUGAGGUAGUGUACUCAUGGAACUGAUCAUAUAGAAAUCCAAGAAAGUUAAUGGAACCAGUACCAUGUGUUUUGUAUUGGCAAGAUAUGCCCAUUUCUCACGAUGCUGACCAAUUCUUGAUGGGAGAUAAUGAGACUGUUGGAUCAAGAUUUGUGUCGUUAUAUCGCUCGCAUUACUGAAGGAUGAAUGAGAACGCUUCUGUCGUCGGUGUAUGUGAAGGUGUAUUCUUUCAUUCUGUAUGUAUACCCACCAUAGACUUCCAUACUCACCGUCAGUAUGUCUUACAGUGUAGCAACAGAUAGAGGGUAGUUAGAUAUAGUAGCUGUACACCAUCCAGACUGUAACCUCCAAGUAUGGUGAUACCUUAGUCUAUAUUCCCAGUGAUAUGUUUUGAAUUCAUAGUCAACAGUGGUACAUUGUGAAAGCUGCGAUAUAUUCUUCUUAUACUACUCAAAUAAAGUUAAGGAUCAUCCAAUCCUUACAUAUUACUAUAGUUAUAGGUACUCUUUCAUGAAAUUUCAGAGUAAUUAUGUAAUAUGAAAGAGCUGGGUGAACCUUGAAUGUAUGUUUCCAGUAGAAUAUACCAGCAUCUAUCAUGAAUAUGGUUGGUAUUUGGUCGGCCACCGAUUGUUUGAGAGUGUAUGUUGUAAUGCUGUAACACCAAAUUUUGUUGGUCCAUUGAAUCCUGUGAUGCAAGUUUGAUACAUGGUGAAGUCUAAGCAUUCAUCCAGACAUUGUGUGUUUUACAUCCCAACACCUUGGUUUGUCUUAAUUUGGCCACCAGGUGUUGUGCUUGUGCUGUAAUGCCAGAUUACAUACAGACCAGCAGGUACGGUCAGUGUUUAUUUGACCACCAGGGCCUAGAUUUUCGAAGCUUUCUUAGCGCUAAGAUAGUCGUAAGUGCCAUACAUUAACAUUAACUUACGACUAUCUUAGCGCUAAGAGAGCUUCGAAAUCUAGGCCCAGGUGUUUUACAGUGUGUGUUCUAACGCUAUAUAGCCAAGUAGUGUUGGUCUGCAAGGCAUGGAAGAGUAAUAAACAAAUACAAAUAUA